GAGUGCUUCUUUCGGAUCCGGAGCCAAAGUUUUUUAUCACAUGAUUUACAUUGUCGUGGGGCGUGGGGUUUUUGUGUUUUGGGAAUUUUUGUUUUGUUUUGUUUUGUUUUUGUUUUUGUUUUGUUUCGGCCUGCUUUACCUCUGUUAUAAAUACCGCAGACAACGUCAUGAAAACUCUAGUGUGGCAAAUCCUAAUGCUUUGAACCCCAACAUCAGUCCACAUCUGACCGUCGAUUUGAACUCAACUUCCUUCGUCUCAGUCGUUCACAAUGGAAACGCCUCGUGUUCUAUCCCCAGUUGAAGACGCUACCGAUGAGACUCAGAUGUUGAUUGAUUCGGUGUAUGAGGAUUUUAUGGAACGAUGUUCUAAGAAUUACUCCAUGUACAAGGCAUUGCAGUACAAGACUGAAGGAACCUCAUUCUAUUUUGUCAAGGUUCAAGUGGAGCCGGAUAAUUACGCUCACUUGAAAGUGUUCAAACCUUCAGGUGGCAGUGGUCCGAAUAAGCUGAGCGAUUUUCAACUGGACAAAGGAUUAAAUGAUGAAAUAAGAUAUUUCUAAUCAGCCGGGAAUGCAGCCAGCAAGACUUUUCACUCAAGCUCAAACACUCAUAAGAAAAAAACUACUUUCAUAACUGAUUCUAUGACUCAUUAUUAGCUAGCCUGAAAGCCUACUAUUUUAUACCCACAAUUUCAUUUUUACAACAAAUACUAUUUAAGGAUCUCGCUCAGCAUCUUGCAAGUAUAGAAUGUAAUGUAGAAAACACUUGCACGUUUUUCUACUUUGAAAAAAAACCUCACAUAUUUUUUGUAAGCAACUAAACUAGAUCUAGUGACAAAAUACAGGAAAUAACUUAUACCUGGUAGAGUCAUCUGAUAUACUCAUUUUUCAUGAUUAGAGUUUAUUAUACAUGUAAUUGAAGUAUGAAUGUUCAGUAAGAAAAGGAAAGUAGAAAGACGUGCACUGUAUUCUUUCCUAUAACAUUUAUUGUCUCUUUGUUGUACGUCUGUUCCACAUUUGAGGCCUUUUUUUUUCUUAAGUCAAUGCGAAGAAUUUAUGUUAUAACUCUGUUGUAAAAGACCAAAAUUAAUGUAGCCCAGGGGACUUUGAUUUUACAAUGACAUCUUAAUCUUGUCCAAUAAAUCUGUGACGUUCCAAAAAUGAAUGUCCCAUUUUCAUUUUGUUUCUUUGAAUUUCACC